AUGGCCUUUCACUCUGUGCUCUUCAUUUUCUUAGCAGCAUUGGUAUUCUCCUCUGAAGCCGCACCACUGGUCACUCAUGGCUCUGUUGAUUCCAAAUGCCCUCUCAUGGUGAAAGUGCUGGAUGCAGUCAGAGGAAGUCCUGCAGUUAACGUAGCUGUGAAAGUCUAUAAAAAGGCUGCAGAUGGAAGCUGGCAGGACUUUGCUACCGGGAAAACCACAGAGUAUGGGGAGAUCCAUGAGCUCACAACAGAAGAACAGUUUGUAGAAGGAAUAUAUAAGGUUGAGUUUGACACCAGCUCCUACUGGAAGAGACUUGGUCUUUCUCCAUUCCAUGAAUACGCUGAUGUGGUGUUCACUGCUAAUGAUUCUGGUCAUCGCCACUAUACCAUUGCCGCUCUCCUCAGUCCCUUCUCUUAUUCAACCACUGCUGUUGUCACUGAACCCCAGGAAUAA